AUGGACUUAAACAAGCACCCAAACAAUGACAUGCGAAAUUUGAUCAAACAAAUGUUGGCAAAUGGAUUUAAGAUUAAUGAGUGUGACAAAUGUGUUUACAUUAAAAAUACUCCAAACCAUGAAGUCGUUGUUUGUUUAUAUGUUGAUGACAUGUUGAUAAUAAGCAGAGAUAUUGCCGAUGUAAAUGCUACGAAGCGUAUGCUUGCUAGCAAAUUUGACAUGAAAAACUUAGGAGUUGCUGAUUUGAUCUUAGGAAUUAGGAUCCAUAAAACUCCACAAGGUCUAGCAUUAUCACAGUCACAUUAUAUUGAGAGGGUACUUGACAAGUUCAAGUAUUUAAAUUUCAAUGUUGCAAAGACUCCAAUUGAUGUAAGUUUUGCACUUCAAAAGAAUGAAGGUGAAAGUGACUCACAAUUGGACUAUGCACGAGUUUUGGGAAGUUUGAUGUAUAUUAUGAGUUGUACACAACCAGAUAUAGCAUGUGCUAUUAGCAAGCUGAGUCGAUUCACGAGUAAUCCCAAUCAAACUCAUUGGAUGGCAAUGAAACAAGUCUUGGGUUAUUUGAAACACACCCGAAACUAUGCUUUGCAUUAUAAUAAAUAUCCCGCAGUAAUUGAAGGAUAUAGUGAUGCAAACUGGAUCACCGGAUCAUCUAAAGUUAAAUCCACGAGUGGAUAUGUUUUCACCUCACAAAGGUCCCACACCCCAUUUGGCCAAUCUUCCAUCAGACUGUCUAUCUUCAAAGUCUUGCUUCCACAUGUUCGAGUCAACUUAGCUUGUCCAAAAGAUAACAACAUUAAUGCAAUUCUAUGGCCAAGCAAAGCCAAACAAACAAUAAAAAGAAACUCUGCUAAGUUUACUCAAGGACAGAACACAUCCUACUCAAGCUGCACUAAGGAAUUUCAGUGUGGAAACUUAGGAAAUUUGAGCUUUCCUUUCUACAAAUCCACUGAAAUUGAUGGUUGUGGAUUGUGCAAAGUGGAUUGUGAAGGUAUUCCAAAUGCCACAAUUGAACUAGAAGGGGUGAAGUAUCAAGCUCUUGAAAAAAAUGAUGUUUUUAUCACACUUAAGGACCCUAUUCUUGGAGAGCUUUUGAAGAAGAACAAUUGCCAGACUUUUGAUAGAAAUCUCUCCAUCCCUGUGUCUCCUUCAAUCACAUAUAGAUUUGACCGCCUCCUCACUUUGUACAAAUGCAACAAUAGCCAGAAGAGUACACAUGAAAAAAUAUUCUCUUUCCCAAGUUAUCAAAACUACAGUGGCUGCCAUAGUUUCAUAUUAUACUAUAGUAAUACCUCAGUCAACUAUUAUCCAGCAAUUAAUCCUCUUCCUAGUGGCUGUUCAUUUAUUCAUUUACCAGUGCCACGGAGUUCAGAAGCAAAAUCAAAUGAUAGUGGCUUAUUUGAUCAGUUAACUGAUGAUGUUACACUAGGAUGGACUGUGUCUGACACAUGUAAUCAGUGUUAUUAUACAGAAGGCAGGUGUCAAACUGAUAAUAGUACUAACAACAUUCUUUGUUCUAAUACCAACAAAGGUGGUGGAAAGCUUCUUCGGGCAACCUGGUUGGUCGUAGCCACAGGCAACUACAUCUUCUUUCUUCUUCUCUGAAAUCUGUGACUGCCCAGAAAAUUUCUUAGUUGCUUUUUCCCUUUUGCGAUUCAAGAUUUCUCUUUUGCAAAUACUUUGGUAGUUCCCAGUGCAUGACUUCAUUUUUUUUUUCCGGCAAUUGCAGUUUUCUCUUG